CCCUUUCGUCCCUGUCCAGUCUGAGGACUGGCAGGAGUGUGGGCUGCAGCUGGGUCUGUCCUGGGUCCCUGAAGGGAGUUGAGCCCCCGCAACUCCAUCACCGGCACACACACCUCUGCAGACAGGCUCCUGCAGUCAACAAGGCCAAAAGCGCCAUGGAGUCCUCCACCCUCAGUGGCGCACCUCGCUUUCUGACGCGGCCCAAGGCCUUCGUGGUGUCGGUGGGCAAAGACGCCACUCUGAGCUGCCAGAUCACAGGCAACCCCACGCCACAGGUGAGCUGGGAGAAGGACCAGCAGCCGGUGGAGCCGAGCGUGCGCUUUCGUCUGGCCCAGGACGGUGACCUGUACCGCCUCACCAUCCUGGACCUGGCUCUGGGUGACAGCGGGCAGUACGUGUGCCGUGCGCGCAACGCCAUUGGCGAGGCCUUUGCGGCUGUGGGCUUGCAAGUGGACGAUGAGGCUGCGCGUGCUGAGCAGGCGCCGCACUUCCUGCUGCGCCCAACAUCCAUCCGUGUACGCGAGGGCGCUGAUGCCACCUUUCGCUGCCGCGUUCGUGGCUCCCCGCAGCCAGCUGUGAGCUGGUCUAAGGAUGGGAGGCGCCUGGGCAUGCCCAAUGCCCCGCGAGUGUGCGUGGAGGAGAAGGGUGAGGAGAGCUCGCUGCGCAUUCGGGCUGCGCGGCCUCGAGACGGUGGCACCUACGAGGUACGUGCUGAGAAUACCCUGGGCGCUGUAAGUGCGGCGGCAGCGCUGGUGGUGGACUCUGAGGCCGACGUGCCCAGCCCGCCUGGAGCCUCCACUGCCACGCUACUGGCUCACCUGCAGCAGCGCCGCGAGGCUAUGCGCGCGGAGGACGCCCGCACUGCACCUCUCGUCGCAGGCAUGCGCACUUGCACAGUGACCGAGGGCAAACACGCACGCCUCAGCUGCUAUGUGACGGGCGAGCCCAAGCCUGAGACGCUGUGGAAAAAGGACGGGCAGCCUGUGACCGAGGGCCGGCGCCACGCAGUGUAUGAAGAUGCACAGGAGAAUUUCGUGCUCAAGAUACUGUUCUGUAGGCCUGAGGACUGCGGCCUGUACACUUGUGCAGCAUCCAACCUGGUGGGCCAGACCUACAGCUCCGUACUGCUGGUCGUUCGAGAGCCCACCGUUCCCUUCCGGAAACGACUUCAGGACCUGGAGGUGCGCGAGAAGGAGUCGGCCACAUUCCGAUGUGAGGUGCCACAGCCAGCCACUGAGGCUGCGUGGUUCAAGGAAGAGACACGGUUGUGGGCUGGAGCCAAGUAUGCCAUUGAAGCGGAGGGCGCAGAGCGACGGCUGACCGUGCACAAUGCCUCGGCGGACGAUGAUGCUGUGUACAUCUGCGAGACUGCGGAGGGCAGCCGCACUGUGGCCGAGCUUGCAGUCCGAGGCAACCUGACUCGAAAGCUUCCUCGGAAGACGGCGGUGCGCGUGGGGGACACAGCCAUUUUCUGUGUGGAGCUGGCUGGCCCAGAGGGUUCUGUCCGCUGGCUGUGGAACCAGGAGGAGGUUGUUGCCGGAGGCCGUGUGAGCAUCAGCAAUGAGGGCACCAGCCACACGCUGACCAUCUCCCAGUGUGGUCUGGGUGAUGCAGGGGAGGUAGCCUUUGUGGCCAACAGCUGCCGCACAUCCACACAGUUCUGUGUGUCAGCACCCAGGAGACCACCCUUGCAUUCCCCUGGAGACCCUGCUGUGCUGGCCAGGACCAAGAGUUCUGUGACCUUGAGCUGGUCCCCACCACCCCAUGGGGACCGUGCUGUCCCCAUUGAUGGCUACCUGGUGGAGAAGAGAAGGCUUGGCACCUAUGCUUGGAGCCGUUGCCAUGAGACAGAGCUGGUAGCCACACUGCAACUGACUGUGACUGGCGUGGCUGAGGAGAGCGACUUCCAGUUCCGGGUGUCAGCUGUCAACAGCUUUGGUCAGAGUCCCUAUCUUGAAUUUCCAGGGACGGUACACCUGGCUCCCCAGUUGGCCGUGAGGAUACCUCUGCAGGCAGUGGAGGCAGUGGAGGGUGGCGAGGUCACCUUUUCUCUGGAACUCACAGUGGCUUCGGCGGGUCAGUGGUUCCUAGAUGGGGAGGCCCUGAAGGCCAGCAGGACGUGCCAAAUGCUGAGCAGUGGCCUCCGGCACGUGCUCACCCUCCAAGAGGUCCCCGCCAGCCUGCAUGGGUCUCAGCUUAAGUUUGUGGCUGAUGGUGUUGAAAGUAGCAUCCGCCUGGAGGUCCGAGCAGCCCCAGAGCGGACUCCCCAUAAGCCUGCAGCUGUAGCUGCCCGGGAGGUGCUGGCCCGGCCGCACGAGGAGGCCCAGCUGCUGGCUGAGUUAUCUGACCAGGCUGCGACUGUGACAUGGCUGAAAGAUGGCCGUGAACUGGCCCCAGGUCCCAAGUAUGAGGUGCAGACCUCAGAUAGGCGGCAAGUGCUGCUGGUGCAUGACGUGACACGGGACGAUGCUGGCCUGUAUGAAUGUGUCAGCCAUGGGACCCGCCUCGCUUACCAGCUGUCUGUGCAAGGCCUGACAACUUUUCUGCACAAGGACUCAACAGGUGGUUGUGUGGAUGCCGUGGCUGGGGGCCAAGUCCAGUUUGAGUGUGAGACCUCAGAAGCCCAUGUGCCUGUGCGCUGGUACAAGGAUGGCUCAGAGCUGGGGAACUCUGGCCAGCGGCUCUCGCAGGAGGAUGAAGGCAGGCGGCACCGGCUGGUGGUGGCGUUGGUGUCCAGUCAGGAUGAGGGCACCUACUCCUGCCGUGCAGGUGGGGAAGCUGUGGACUUCCAGCUCCGUGUUUCAGAAACUCAAAAUGCGUUUGCCAAGGAGCAGGCGGCGCACAGCGAGGUGAGGACCGAGGCGGGGGCCAGCGCCACACUGAGCUGCGAGGUGGCCCAGGCGCAGACGCAGGUGGCGUGGUGCAAGGAUGGGAAGAAGCUGAGCUCGAGCUCGAGGGUGCGCAUGGAGGCCGCGGGCUGCACGCGGCGACUGGUGGUGCAGCAGGCGGGCACGGCGGACGCCGGGGAGUACAGCUGCGAGGCCGGGGGCCAGAGGGUCUCCUUCCGCCUGGACGUGGCAGAGCCCAAGGUGGUGUUUGCCAAGGAGCAGGCGGCGCACAGCGAGGUGAGGACCGAGGCGGGGGCCUGCGCCACACUGAGCUGCGAGGUGGCCCAGGCGCAGACGCAGGUGGCGUGGUGCAAGGAUGGGAAGAAGCUGAGCUCGAGCUCGAGGGUGCGCAUGGAGGCCGCGGGCUGCACGCGGCGACUGGUGGUGCAGCAGGCGGGCACGGCGGACGCCGGGGAGUACAGCUGCGAGGCCGGGGGCCAGAGGGUCUCCUUCCGCCUGGACGUGGCAGAGCCCAAGGUGGUGUUUGCCAAGGAGCAGGCGGCGCACAGCGAGGUGAGGACCGAGGCGGGGGCCAGCGCCACACUGAGCUGCGAGGUGGCCCAGGCGCAGACGCAGGUGGCGUGGUGCAAGGAUGGGAAGAAGCUGAGCUCGAGCUCGAGGGUGCGCAUGGAGGCCGCGGGCUGCACGCGGCGACUGGUGGUGCAGCAGGCGGGCACGGCGGACGCCGGGGAGUACAGCUGCGAGGCCGGGGGCCAGAGGGUCUCCUUCCGCCUGGACGUGGCAGAGCCCAAGGUGGUGUUUGCCAAGGAGCAGGCGGCGCACAGCGAGGUGAGGACCGAGGCGGGGGCCAGCGCCACACUGAGCUGCGAGGUGGCCCAGGCGCAGACGCAGGUGGCGUGGUGCAAGGAUGGGAAGAAGCUGAGCUCGAGCUCGAGGGUGCGCAUGGAGGCCGCGGGCUGCACGCGGCGACUGGUGGUGCAGCAGGCGGGCACGGCGGACGCCGGGGAGUACAGCUGCGAGGCCGGGGGCCAGAGGGUCUCCUUCCGCCUGGACGUGGCAGAGCCCAAGGUGGUGUUUGCCAAGGAGCAGGCGGCGCACAGCGAGGUGAGGACCGAGGCGGGGGCCAGCGCCACACUGAGCUGCGAGGUGGCCCAGGCGCAGACGCAGGUGGCGUGGUGCAAGGAUGGGAAGAAGCUGAGCUCGAGCUCGAGGGUGCGCAUGGAGGCCGCGGGCUGCACGCGGCGACUGGUGGUGCAGCAGGCGGGCACGGCAGACGCCGGGGAGUACAGCUGCGAGGCCGGGGGCCAGAGGGUCUCCUUCCGCCUGGACGUGGCAGAGCCCAAGGUGGUGUUUGCCAAGGAGCAGGCGGCGCACAGCGAGGUGAGGACCGAGGCGGGGGCCAGCGCCACACUGAGCUGCGAGGUGGCCCAGGCGCAGACGCAGGUGGCGUGGUGCAAGGAUGGGAAGAAGCUGAGCUCGAGCUCGAGGGUGCGCAUGGAGGCCGCGGGCUGCACGCGGCGACUGGUGGUGCAGCAGGCGGGCACGGCGGACGCCGGGGAGUACAGCUGCGAGGCCGGGGGCCAGAGGGUCUCCUUCCGCCUGGACGUGGCAGAGCCCAAGGUGGUGUUUGCCAAGGAGCAGGCGGCGCACAGCGAGGUGAGGACCGAGGCGGGGGCCAGCGCCACACUGAGCUGCGAGGUGGCCCAGGCGCAGACGCAGGUGGCGUGGUGCAAGGAUGGGAAGAAGCUGAGCUCGAGCUCGAGGGUGCGCAUGGAGGCCGCGGGCUGCACGCGGCGACUGGUGGUGCAGCAGGCGGGCACGGCAGACGCCGGGGAGUACAGCUGCGAGGCCGGGGGCCAGAGGGUCUCCUUCCGCCUGGACGUGGCAGAGCCCAAGGUGGUGUUUGCCAAGGAGCAGGCGGCGCACAGCGAGGUGAGGACCGAGGCGGGGGCCAGCGCCACACUGAGCUGCGAGGUGGCCCAGGCGCAGACGCAGGUGGCGUGGUGCAAGGAUGGGAAGAAGCUGAGCUCGAGCUCGAGGGUGCGCAUGGAGGCCGCGGGCUGCACGCGGCGACUGGUGGUGCAGCAGGCGGGCACGGCGGACGCCGGGGAGUACAGCUGCGAGGCCGGGGGCCAGAGGGUCUCCUUCCGCCUGGACGUGGCAGAGCCUCCUGCAGAGGCAGAGCCUGAAGGCCCUGGAGCUCCUGGGAGCCGGGGUCACAGGAAACCUAUGGUGGUCAGAGAGCAUGAGGACAUCGUCCUGACUGCCACGCUGGCCACGCCCUCUGCGGCCAUGGUGGCCUGGCUCAAGGAUGGAGUGGAGAUUCGCCGCAGCCAGCGGCACACUAUGGCCAGCCUAGGGGACACCCACUCCCUGACUGUGCGAGGUGCCCAGCUGCUGGAUAGUGCGGUCUACAGCUGUCAUGUUGGCGUCACAGGCCAGGACUUUGUCGUGCAGGUGCAAGAGGUGGUUGCCACGUUCCUCCGACCACUGGUGCCCAUGAGUGGUGAGCUGGGCGGCUCUGUAACACUGGCCUGUGAGCUCAGUGUCCCUCAGGCCCAGGUGGUGUGGCGCUGCGGGGAUAUGCAGCUGCGGCCUGGUAGGCGCUUCCAGAUGGAGGCUGCGGGGCUCCUGCGCACCCUCACCGUGUCGGGCCUGCGCUCUGAGGACGCGGGCGAGUAUGUGUGCGAGACCCGCGACGACCGCACUAGUGCGAGGUUGUCAGUUUGCGUGCCACGUGUGGUCAAGUUUACAUCCCAGCUGAGCGCAGCAGUAGCGGAGGAGGGCAGUGAGGCCACCUUCCAGUGUGUGGUAUCCCCGGAGGAUACAGCUGUCACCUGGCACCACAACGGCACUGUGCUGCAGCCAGGCGAGAAGGUGGUCAUCUCGCGGAGUGGCGCAGUGCACAGCCUGACCAUCUCCGGCCUGACCCUUGGGGAUGCGGGCCAAAUCUCUGCAGAGGCAGAGGGCAUCUCCACUGCUGCCAGUCUGAGAGUCCGAGAGGCUCCAGUAUUGUUCAGAAAGAAGCUGGCAGCACAGACGGUAGAGGAGCGGACUCCAGCGACGCUGGAGGUGGAGUUGUCACGGCCAUGGCCGCAAGUGAAGUGGACUCGGAACGCAGUGGUCCUGGUGCCUGGAGAGAAUGUGGAGAUCCUAGCUGAGGGUGUGCACCACCGCCUGCGGCUGCACUGCGUGAGCUAUGAGGACCGUGGUUUCUAUGGCUGUGAGACGCCAGAUGACAAGACCCAGGCCAAACUCAGCGUGGAGAUGCGCCAGGUGCGGCUGGUCCGUGGCUUGCAGGCAGUGGAGGUUCUGGAGCAAGGCUCAGCCACCCUGCAGGUGGAGUUGUCCCAUGCUGAUGUGGAGGGCAGCUGGACACGUGACGGCCUGCGGCUGCAGCCAGGACCCACCUGCCAGCUUGUGGUGCAUGGCCCCACCCACACCCUGACACUGUUGGAGCUGCGGCCACAGGAUGGGGGCCUGGUGGCCUUCAGGGCUGAGGGUGUGCACACCUCGGCUCGGCUUGUCGUCAGUGAGCUGCCUGUGCACUUCAGCCGCCCGCUGCAGGAUGUUGUGGCUGCUGAAAAGGACAAGGUCACACUGGAAUGCGAGUUGUCACGAUCCAAUGUCACUGUGCACUGGCUGAAGGAUGGCGUGGAGUUGCGAGCAGGAAAGGCUGUGGGCAUUUCGGCCCAAGGUACCUGCAGGAGCCUCACUGUGUACUCCUGUGAGCGUGGGGACCAGGGUGUGUACGUGUGUGAUGCUGGGGAUGCCCAGACCUCUGCCUCUCUGAAGGUGCAAGGCCGUGACAUUCAGAUCGUGCGGCCUCUGGAGGAUGUAGAGGUGACCGAGAAGGAGGGUGCCACCUUCUCCUGUGAGGUUUCCCACGACGAGGUGUCCGGCCAGUGGUUCCGGGAAGGCACUAAGCUGCGGCCCAGCGAGAACCUGCGCAUCCGGCAGGAAGGGAGGACCCAUACCCUCAUCUUUCGGAAGGUUGUGGUGGAAGAUGUAGGAGAGAUCAGAUUUGUAGCCGAAAGUGCAGAGUCUUGUGCCCAGCUCCGAGUGAAAGAACUGCCAGUGACCCUGGUACGCCCCCUGCGGGACAAGAUUGCCAUGGAACGGCACCGUGGUGUGCUUGAGUGCCAGCUGUCUCGGGCCAGUGCACAGGUGCGGUGGUUCAAGGGGCACGAGGAACUGCAGCCAGGCACCAAGUAUGACAUGGUCAGCGAUGGUGUGUACCGCAAGCUGGUCAUCAGGGAUGUGCAGCCAGAGGACGAGGACACCUACACUUGUGAUGCUGGUGACGUGCAGACCAGUGCCCAAUUCUUUGUGGAAGAGCAGUCCAUUAGCAUCGUGCGGGGCCUGCAGGACGUGACUGUGAUGGAACCGGCCCCCGCCUGGUUUGAGUGCGAGAUCUCCAUCCCUUCGGUGCGGCCACCCAAGUGGCUUUUGGGCCAGACAGUGCUGCAGGCAGGCCCAAACGUGGGCCUGGAGCAGGAAGGCACUGUGCACCGGCUGACCCUGCACCGCACCUGCUCCACCAUGACUGGGCCUGUGCACUUCACUCUUGGCAAGGCCCGCUGCUCUGCACACCUUGUGGUCUCGGACAUCCCAGUAGUGCUUGUGCGGCCACUGGAGCCCAAGGUGGGACGGGAGCUGCAGUCGGUGGUUCUGUCGUGUGACUUCAGGCCGGCCCCCAAGGCCGUGCAGUGGUACAAGGAGGACACACCCCUCACUCCAUCUGACAAGUUCAAGAUGAGGCUAGAGGGCCAGAUGGCUGAGCUGCGUGUCCUGCGGCUCACGCCUGCCGAUGCUGGCGUAUACCGAUGCCAGGCGGGCAGUGCCCAGAGCAGUGCUGUAGUCACUGUAGAAGCACGAGAGGUGACGGUGACGCAGCCGCUGCAGGACACAGUGGCCACAGAGGAGGGCCGGGCCUGCUUCUCGCUGGAGUUGUCGCAUGAGGAUGAGGAGGUUGAGUGGUCACUCAACGGGGUGACCCUGUGCAGCGAUAGCUUCCAUGAGGUCAUCCAUGAGGGCCGCCGACACACGUUGGUGUUGAAGAGCGUGCGUCAGGCCAAUGCAGGCACUGUGUGUGCCUGCUCCCUCAGGGUGUCAGCCUCCGCCCGCCUGGAGGUCAGAGCAAAGCCAGUGGUGUUCCUGCGUGCGUUGGACGAUGUAUCGGCAGAAGAGCACAGCACGUUGACCCUGCAGUGUGAGGUGUCCAGCCCUGAGGCCUGCGUUGUGUGGAGCAAAGAUGGCGUGGAGCUAGGCCCCAGUGACAAGCGUGACUUCCUGCAGACGGCUGGCACAAGGGGGCUGGUGUUACAUGACCUGAGCUGCGAGGAUGCUGGCGUGUAUGCCUGCCGUGUGGGCACUGAGGAGACCCGGGCCCAUGUCAGUGUACAUGACCUCCUCGUGGGCAUCACCAAAAGGCUGAAGACGACAGAGGUGCUGGCUGGGGACAGUUGCAGCUUCGAGUGCAUUCUGUCCCAUGAGAGUCCAAACGAGAGAGCCAAGUGGACAAUCGGCGGGAAGACAGUGGGCAGCUCCGGCCGCUUCCAUACUGCCUGCCAGGGCCGCAAAUACACCCUGGUGGUCAAGGAGGCCACCCCCAGUGACGCCGGAGAGGUGGUUUUCUCUGUGCGGGGUCUCACCUCCAAGGCCUCGCUCAUCGUCAGAGAGCGGCCUGUGGACUUCGUGAAGGCCUUAGAGGACCAACGUGCUGUGCCAGGGGAGGACGUGGUGCUGAGCUGUGAGCUGUCACGUGCAGGUGCUUCGGUGCGCUGGCUGAAGGAAGGGAAAGCCAUCCGCCAGAGCCAGAAGUACAGUGUGCUCUGUGAGGGUGCCAGGGCCAUGCUGGUCAUCCGGGGGGCCUCAGCUCAGGACUCUGGCACCUACACGUGUGAGGCUGAGGCUUCUCGGACGUCGGCCAGCCUUCGCGUGGAAGAUAAGGCAAACAGAUUCACGGAGGAGCUGGCUGACCUGCAGGCGGAGGAGCAGGGCACAGCUAUGUUCACAUGUAAGACAGAGAGGCCAGCCACCCGGGUGACCUGGCGCAAGGGCCUGAUGGAGCUGCGCACCUCGGGCAAGCACACACCCAGCCAGGAGGGCCUCACUCUGACCCUCACCAUCAACUCCCUGGAAAAGGCUGACAGCGACACCUACAUUUGUGACAUUGGUCAGGCCCAGACGCAGGCACGGCUCAUGGUACAAGGCCAGAAGGUUCUCAUCACCGAAGACCUAGAGGACGCUGAGGUGCAGGAGGGCUCCUCGGCCACCUUCUCCUGUCGUAUCUCCCCUGCUGACUACGAGCCUGUGCGCUGGUUUCUGGACAAGACACCCCUGCAUGCCAAUCAGCUCAAUGAAAUAGAGGUCCAGCCUGGGGGCUACCAUGUGCUCACCCUGCGGCAGCUGGCACUCAAGGACUCAGGCACUGUCUACUUUGAGGCAGGAGACCAGCGGACCUCAGCUGCCCUGCGGGUCACUGAGAAGCCAAGCAUCUUCUCCCGGGAGCUCACGGAUGCUACAGUCACAGAGGGUGAGGACCUGACUCUGUUCUGUGAGACCACAACACCAGUUAGCCCUGUGCGCUGGACCAAGGAUGGGAAGACCCUGCGGCCAUCGGCAAGGUGCCAGCUGAACUACGAAGGCCGCCGGGCCCAGCUGACCAUCGUGGACACUACCCUGCAGGAUGGUGGGCGCUACAAGUGUGAGGCAGGGGGUGCCUCCAGCAGCUCCAUCGUCAGGAUCCAUGCUCGGCCUGUGCAGUUCCAGGAGGUGCUGAAGGACCUGGAGGUGCUGGAGGGUGGUGCUGCUACGCUGCGCUGCACGCUGUCAGCGGUGGCUGCACCUGUGCAGUGGCGCCGUGGAGAUGAUGUCCUGAGGCCCUGCAGCAAAUACGGUCUGCGCCAGGAGGGCACCGUGUUGGAACUGGUGGUGCGGGACCUGCAGCCACAGGACAGUGGGCAGUUCUCCUGCUCUGUCAGAGAUCAAGUGACCUCAGCUACCCUCACUGUGAAGGCCCUGCCUGCCCAGUUUGUAGGAAAACUGAGGAACAGGACGGCCACGGAGGGAGCCACGGCCACGCUGCGUUGUGAGCUGAGCAAGGUGGCCCCUGUGGAGUGGAGGAAGGGGUCACAGACACUCAGAGAUGGGAGCAGACACAGCCUGAGGCAGGAGGGGACCAUGUGUGAGCUGCACAUCCGUGGCCUGGCCUUGGAGGACGCUGGAGAAUACACGUGUGUGUGUGGGCAGGAGAGGACCUCGGCCACGUUGAGCGUCACGGCCCUGCCUGCCCAUUUCAUAGGAAGUCUGAGAAGUGAGGAGGCCACGGAAGGGGCCACGGCCAUGCUGCAGUGUGAGCUGAGCAAGGCAGCCCCCGUGAAAUGGAGGAAGGGGUCAGAGACCAUCAAAGACGGGGACAGACACAGCCUGAGGCAGGAGGGGACCGUGUGUGAGCUGUAUAUUCGUGACCUGGCCUUGGAGGACGCUGGAGAGUACACAUGUGUGUGUGGGCAGGAGAGGACCUCGGCCACGCUGAGCGUCACAGCACUGCCUGCCAAGUUCACAAAGGGUCUGAGGAAUGAAAAGGCCACGGAAGGGGCCACGGCCACGCUGCGUUGUGAGCUGAGCCAGGUGGCCCCUGUGGAGUGGAGGAAGGGGUCAGAGACACUCAGAGAUGGGAACAGACUCAGCCUGAGGCAGGAAGGGACCGUGUGUGAGCUGUGCAUCCGUGACCUGGCCUUGGAGGACGCUGGAGAGUACACGUGUGUGUGUGGGCAGGAGAGGACCUCGGCCACGCUGAGCAUCACAGCCCUACGCACCAAAUUCAUGAAAGAUCUGAGGAAUGAAGAGGCCAUGGAAGGGGCCACGGCCAUGCUGCGUUGUGAGCUGAGCAAGGUGGCCCCUGUGGAGUGGAGGAAGGGGUCACAGACACUCAGAGAUGGGAGCAGACACAGCCUGAGGCGGGAGGGGACCGUGUGUGAGCUGCACAUCCGUGGCCUGGCCUUGGAGGACGCUGGAGAGUACACGUGUGUGUGUGGGCAGGAGAGGACCUCGGCCACGCUGAGCAUCACAGCACUGCCUGCCAAGUUCACAAAGGGUCUGAGGAAUGAAAAGGCCACGGAAGGGGCCACGGCCACGCUGCGUUGUGAGCUGAGCAAGGAGGCCCCUGUGGAGUGGAGGAAGGGGUCACAGACACUCAGAGAUGGGAGCAGACACAGCCUGAGGCAGGAGGGGACCGUGUGUGAGCUGUGCAUCCGUGACCUGGCCUUGGAGGACGCUGGAGAGUACACGUGUGUGUGUGGGCAGGAGAGGACCUCGGCCACGCUGAGCAUCACAGCACUGUCUGCCAAGUUCACAAAGGGUCUGAGGAAUGAAAAGGCCACGGAAGGGGCCACGGCCACGCUGCGUUGUGAGCUGAGCAAGGUGGCCCCUGUGGAGUGGAGAAAGGGGUCACAGACACUCAGAGAUGGGAGCAGACACAGCCUGAGGCAGGAAGGGACCGUGUGUGAGCUGUGCAUCCGUGACCUGGCCUUGGAGGACGCUGGAGAGUACACGUGUGUGUGUGGGCAGGAGAGGACCUCGGCCACGCUGAGCAUCACAGCACUGCCUGCCAAGUUCACAAAGGGUCUGAGGAAUGAAAAGGCCACGGAAGGGGCCACGGCCACGCUGCGUUGUGAGCUGAGCCAGGUGGCCCCUGUGGAGUGGAGGAAGGGGUCAGAGACACUCAGAGAUGGGAACAGACUCAGCCUGAGGCAGGAAGGGACCGUGUGUGAGCUGUGCAUCCGUGACCUGGCCUUGGAGGACGCUGGAGAGUACACGUGUGUGUGUGGGCAGGAGAGGACCUCGGCCACGCUGAGCAUCGGGGUACCCCAGGCUGUCUUCCGGGAGCCUCUACAAGACCUGCAAGCUGAGGAAGGCUCUACAGCUGUGCUGCGGUGUGAGCUGGCCACCAGUGCCACUGUGGUCUGGAGUAAGGGUGGCUUGGAGGUGCUGGCAGAUACACGCCGGGAGCAACGGCUUCAGGGCUGCACGGCUGAGCUGGUACUGCGGGACCUGCGCCGAGAGGAUGCGGGCGAGUACACUUGCGUCUGUGGCUCCCAAGCCACCAGUGCCACACUAGCUGUCACAGCUGCACCUGUGCGGUUCCUGCAAGAGCUACAGGCCCAGGAGGUGGACGAGGGGGCCACGGCACACCUGUGCUGUGAACUGAGCCGGGCAGGCGUGAGUGUGGAGUGGCGCAAGGGCACACUGCAGCUUUUCCCAUGUGCCAAGUACCAGCUGGCCCAGGAGGGCACAGCUGCAAAGCUGCUGGUACGUGGAGUUGAGCAGGAAGAUGCAGGUGACUACACCUGUGACGCGGGACCCACCAGCAGCACUGCUAGCCUCGUGGUCCGUGCCCCUAGGCCCAAGUUCAAGACCCGGCUGCAGAGUGUGGAGGCAGAGGUAGGCGGUGAGGCCCGGCUGUGCUGCCAGCUGAGCGAACCUGAGUGUGGCCCUGUACAGUGGCUCAAGGAGGGCACGGAACUGCAUGCCAGCCCCAAAUUUGAGAUCUACCACCAUGGGGCCACCUGCGAGCUAUUGAUCCAUGGGCUUGAGGCCAAGGACACUGGCGAGUACAGCUGCUUGGUGGGUGGCCAGAAGACUACUGCCUCCCUCAGGGUCACAGAACCUGAAGUGAGCAUCGUGCGUGGGCUGGCCGACGCUGAGGUCCAGGCUGACGAAGAUGUAGAGUUCAGUUGCGAGCUGUCCCAGUCAGGGGCCAGGGACGUGCAGUGGCGUCUCCAGGGCCUGCCACUGCAGAGCAAUGAGGUGACUGAGGUGACUGUGCGAGGUGGCCGCACCCACGUGCUCCAGUUGAGGGGCGUGACCCCUGAAGAUGCCGGCACUGUCUCCUUCCACGUGGGGGUGCACAUGUCCUCCGCCCAGCUCACUGUGCGAGCCCCUGAGGUGACCAUCCUGGAGCCCCUGCAGGAUAUGCAGCUCUGUGAGGGCCAGGAUGCCCACUUUCGGUGCCGGCUGUCCAGAGCCUCUGGCCACGAGGCCCACUGGUCCUUGGGAGGAGUGCCUCUACAGGCCAAUGAGAUGAAUGACAUCACUGUGGAACAGGGCGUGCUGCACCUGCUUACCCUGCAUAAGGUGACCACUGAGGAUGCUGGGACUGUCAGUUUCCAGGUGGGCUCCUGCAGUUCCGAGGCCCAGUUGAAGGUCACAGCCAAGAACACGGUGGUGCGGGGCCUGGAGAACGUGGAGGCCCCUGAGGGCGGAGAGGCGCUGUUCGAGUGCCAGCUGUCCCAGCCUGAGGUGGCUGCCCAGACCUGGCUACUGGAUGAUGAGCCGGUGCACACCUCGGACAGUGCCGAGGUGGUCUAUUUUGAGGGCGGCCUGCGCCACCUGCUGCUGCUGAAAAACCUGCACCCGCGGGACAGCUGCCGUGUGACCUUCCUGGCCGGGGACCUCGUGUCCUCUGCUUUCCUCACUGUCCGAGGCUGGCGCCUGGAGUUCCUGGAGACCCCACAAGAUGUGGUAGUGCCCCCCGGUGCGCAGGCCCACUUUAACUGCACGCUCAGUGAGCCUGUGCCUGUGGGUGAGGCCAGCUGGUACCUGGAAGGCGCCACUGUGCAACCAGACGACCCCGACUGGACAGUCACAGCUGACGGCAGCCACCACAGCCUGCUGCUGCACCAUGCCCAGCCGCAUCAUGCUGGGGAAGUCACCUUCGCCGCCCGGGAUGCUGUGGCUUCUGCUCGGCUCUCUGUACUGAGCCUCCCUGACCCCCCAGAGGAUGCUGAAGUGGUGGGGCGAAGCGGCCGAUCUGUGACGCUCUCCUGGGUAGCCCCCACAAGUGAUGGCGGGGGUGGUCUCUGUGGCUAUCGUGUGGAGAUGAAGCAGGGAGCCACUGGCCAGUGGCGUUUGUGCCAUGAGUUGGUGCCUGGGCCUGAGUGUGUAGUGGAUGACCUGUCCCCUGGGGAGACCUACCGCUUCCGUGUGGCAGCCGUGGGUCCUGCGGGAACCGGAGAGCCAGUGCACCUGCCCCAGACUGUCCAGCUGGAGCCGGAGCCAGCUUGUCCUCUAGCUCCUGAGAGUCGGCAUGUGACUGCCGGUGAGGACGUCUGUCUGGAGCUGGAGAUGGCAGCAGAGGCUGGUGGUGUGGUCUGGCAUAAGGGUUCGGAGCGUAUCCAGCCUGAUGGACGCUUUGAGGUGGUCUCCCGAGGUCGGCGACAGAAGCUAGUCAUCAAGGGCUUCAGGGCUGAGGACCAGGGGCAGUACAGCUGCAGCCCUGCCAGCAGUCCGACUCCUACUGCCAGCGCCUCUUUCCAGGUGGUGCUGGCUGCAAACUCUGGGGCCGAAGCCCUGGCACAGCCCAGCCUGCCUCCCGAGGCAGCCCAGGAAGGUGACCUGCACCUGCUGUGGGAGGCCUUGGCCCGGAAGCGCCGCAUGAGCCGUGAGCCCACUCUGGAUUCCAUCAGCGAGCUUCCUGAAGAGGACACCCACCUGCAGCUCCUGCGGCAAGCGGCUGAGGAGGCGGCUCCUGAUCUCUCGGAGGACUACUCCACGGCUGACGAGCUAGCUCGCACUGGCGAGGCUGACCUCUCCCAUACCAGCUCGGACGAUGAAUCCCGUGCAGGCACCCCGGCCCUUGUCACCUACCUGAAGAGGGCUGGGAGGCCAGGAGUCUCACCGCUGGCCAGUGAGGUUGGGGCCCGAGAAGUCCCCUCUGUGAAGCCACAGAAGCCUCAAGAGCCAGCACCCGCAGAGCAGCUGCUCCAGGGAGGCCAGAGUGGUCCCCAUCUGGAUGAGGCAGCUGUAAAGAUUCAGGCCGCCUUCAAGGGCUACAAAGUCCGGAAAGAGAUGAGACAACAGGAAGGGCCCACAUUCUCCCGCACGUUUGGGGAUACGCAGGCACAUGCAGGGGAUGUCUUGCACCUGGAGUGUGUGGUGGCCAGCAAGGCAGAGGUGCGGGCCUGCUGGCUAAAGGAUGGUGUGGAGCUGACCGAUGGGCGGCACCACCACAUUGACCAGCUGGCUGACGGCACUUGCUCAUUGCUAGUCACCGGCCUGGACCACUCAGACGCUGGCUGUUACACCUGCCAGGUGAGCAGCAAGUUUGGGCAGGUGGCCCACAGUGCUUGUGUUGUGGUCAGUGGGACAGAGAGUGAGGCCGAGAGCUCCUCAGGGAGCGAGCUGGAUGAUGCCUUCCGCCGGGCUGCCCGGCGGCUGCAUCGGCUCUUCCGCACCAAGGGCCCGACUGAGGUCUCGGAUGAGGAACUCUUCCUGAGUGCGGAUGAGGGCCCAGCUGAGCCCGAGGAGCCGGCCGACUGGCAGACAUACCGAGAGGAUGAACACUGCGUAUGCAUCCGUUUCGAGGCCCCCGCUGAAGCCCAGCAGGCUGUCAGCCGCUUCCGAGAGAUGUUUGCAGCAAUGGGUAUUGGUGUGGAGAUCAGCCUGGUGGAGCAGGGCCCCCGGAGUGUGGAGAUGCGCAUUGGAAAGGUGGCCUCCACCCCCGGGGCACCCCUACAGCCAGCACCUGGCCUUCUGCCUGCUGAUACUGCCCCUGUGUUUCUGACGGAGCUGCAGAACCAAGAGGUACAGGACGGUUAUCCUGUGAGCUUCGACUGUGUGGUGAGGGGCCAGCCGAUGCCCAGUGUGCGCUGGUUCAAGGAUGGGAAGCUGCUGGAGGAGGACGACCACUACAUGAUCAACGAGGACCAGCAGGGCGGCCACCAGCUCAUCAUCACAGCUGUGGUGCCAGCAGACAUGGGUGUCUACCGCUGCCUGGCUGAGAACAGCGUGGGUGUCUCUUCCACCAAGGCUGAGCUCCGUGUGGACCUGACCAGCACAGACUACGAUACUGCAGCCGAUGCUACAGAGACCUCGUCCUACUUCAGUGCCCAGGGCUACCUAUCCAGCCGGGAGCAGGAGGGGACAGAGUCGGAUGAAGGGCAGUUACCCCAGGUGGUGGAGGAGCUGAGGGACCUGCAGGUGACCCCAGGCACACGCAUGGCCAAGUUCCAGCUCAAGGUGAAAGGCUACCCAGCACCCAGGGUGUACUGGUUCAAGGAUGGGCAGCCCCUGUCCGCGUCUGCCCACAUCCACAUGGCUGACAAGAAGACGGUGCACACACUAGAGGUGCUGUCUGUGGUGCGGGAAGAUGCUGGCCAGUACGCAGCCUACAUCAGCAACGCCCUGGGUGCUGCCUACUCCUCUGCCCGGCUGCUGGUCCGAGGCCCCGAUGAGCCGGAAGAGAAGCAAGAAUCAGCUGAGCCUGAGCAGAUGGAGCCUCCCCGGAUCCUGGAGAGGUUCACACCCAAGACAGUGAAACGACACUCAAGUGUGACCUUCUCCGUGAAGGUAGCAGGACACCCGGCCCCUGCCGUACACUGGCUCCGGGAGGAGGCCGAGAGGGGCGUGCUGUGGAUUGGCCCUGACUCACCAGGCUACACUGUGGCCAGUUCUGCCCAGCGGCACAGCCUGGUGCUGCUGGAUGUGGGCCGGCAGCAUCAGGGCACCUAUACCUGCAUUGCCACCAACGCUGCUGGCCAGGCCCUCUGCUCUGCUAGCCUGCAUGUCUCAGGCCUGGCCAAGGAAGAGGAGCAGGAGAAGGUGAAGGAGACCCUCAUCUCCACAUUCCUGCAGGGGACGACCCAAGCCAUCUCGGCACAGAUGCUAGAAGCUGGGACUGUAGCUGACCUCGCUGAGCAAAAGAAAGGAGAGCCCUUGGCAGCCGAGGAGGUGGGUAGUUCCCUGUCCCUGGCCGAGGUGGGCACGGAGGAGUUCCUGAGGAAACUGACCUCCCAGAUCACUGAGAUGGUGUCUGCCAAGAUCUCGCAGGCCAAGCUGCAGGUGCCCGGGGGUGACAGUGAUGAGGAGUGCAAGACGCCAUCUGCAUCCCCCCGGCAUGGCCGGUCACGGCCGUCUUCCAGCGUCCAGGAAUCCUCCUCUGAGUCGGAGGACAGCGACUCCCGUGGUGAGAUUUUCGACAUCUUUGUGGUCACGGCUGACUACCUGCCCCUGGGAGCUGAGCAGGAUGCCAUCGCGCUCCGGGAGGGCCAAUAUGUGGAGGUCCUGGAUUCUGCUCACCCGUUGCGCUGGCUUGUGCGCACCAAGCCCACCAAAUCUAGCCCUUCCCGGCAGGGUUGGGUGUCACCUGCCUACCUGGAUAAGAGACUCAAGCUGUCACCAGAGUGGGGAACCCCUGAGUCUCCCGAGUUCCCCGGUGAAGUCAUGUCAGAAGCUGAAUACAAGACAAAGCUGAGCUCUGUGAUCCAGGAGCUGCUGAGCUCAGAACAGGCCUUCCUGGGGGAGCUGCAGUUCCUGCAGAGCCACCACAUGCGGCACCUAGAGCAGAGCCCCCACGUGCCCCCCACUGUGGCCAGCCAGAAGGCCAUCCUCUUCCGUAACAUGCGGGACAUCAGCCGAUUCCAUAGCAGCUUCCUGCAGGAGCUGCAGCGCUGCGACACAGACGACGAUGUGGCCAUGUGCUUCAUCAGGAACCAGGAGGCAUUUGAGCAGUAUCUGGAGUUCCUGGUGGGCCGCGUGCAGGCUGAGUCGGUGGUGGUUAGCACAGCUGUCCAGGAGUUCUUCAAGAAAUACACAGAGGAGGUACUGAUCGCUGGGGACCCCUCGCAGCCACCCCCACUGCCUUUGCAACACUAUCUGGAGCAGCCAGUAGCCCGGGUGCAGCGUUACCAGGCCCUGCUAAAGGAGCUGAUCCGGAACAAGGCCCGGAACAGGCAGAACUGCGCACUGCUGGAGCAGGCCUACGCUGUGGUGUCAGCCUUGCCUCAGCGUGCUGAGAACAAGCUGCAUGUGUCCCUCAUUGAGAAUUACCCAGGCACACUGGAGGCACUGGGCGAGCCGAUCCGCCAGGGCCACUUCAUUGUGUGGGAAGGGGCACCAGGAGCCCGCAUGCCCUGGAAGGGCCACAACCGCCACGUCUUCCUCUUCCGCAACUACCUGGUGAUCUGCAAGCCCCGGCGGGACCCCCGCGUCGAUGCUUCUAGCUACGUCUUCCGGACCAUGAUGAAGCUGAGCAACAUUGACCUGAAUGACCAGGUGGAGGGUGACGACCGUGCUUUCGAGGUCUGGCACGAGCGGGAGGACUCAGUGCGCAAGUACCUGCUGCAGGCACGCACUGUCAUCAUCAAGAGCUCCUGGGUGAAGGAGAUCUGUGGCAUCCAGCAGCGCCUGGCCCUGCCUGUGUGGCGGCCCCCAGAUUUCGAAGAAGAGCUGGCUGACUGCACUGCUGAACUUGGGGAGACGGUCAAACUGGCUUGCCGGGUGACGGGCACGCCCAAGCCUGUGGUGAGCUGGUACAAAGAUGGAAGGCCAGUGGUUGUGGACCCUCACCACAUCCUUAUCGAGGACCCUGACGGUUCCUGCACCCUCAUCCUGGACAACCUGGCUAGUGGGGACUCCGGCCAGUACAUGUGCUUUGCGGCCAGUGCUGCCGGCAAUGCUAGCACCCUGGGCAAGAUCCUGGUGCAAGUCCCUCCACGGUUUGUGAGCAACGUCCGGGCCGUGCCCUUUGUGGAGGGAGAGGACGCCCAGUUCACAUGCACUAUUGAGGGUGCUCCCUACCCCCAGAUCAGGUGGUACAAGGAUGGGGUCCUGCUGACCACGGGCAGCAAGUACCGGAUGCUGAGUGACUCACGCAGUGGCGUGCUGGUGCUGACCAUCCGGGCUGCGGGCAAGGAAGACCUAGGGCGUUAUGAGUGUGAGCUGGCAAACCGGCUGGGUGUGGCACGCGGCGGUGGGGAUCUGUGCCUGCAGAGCCCGGUGCUGCGAGCCUGGGACCAGCGCCGUUGGGAGCCAAUGAUGGCGGCUGUGGAAGUCACUGAGCAGGAGACUAAAGUCCCCAAGAAAACCGUCAUCAUAGAGGAGACCAUCACCACCGUGGUGAAGAGCCCGCGUGGCCGGCGACGGUCUCCCAGCAAGUCCCCCUCCCGCUCUCCUUCCCGCCGCUCUGCCAGCCCAUCUAGGCCAGGCCUGCUGGCCGCUGAAUCGCCACCCUUGCCGGGGCCCGGGGCAGGGCCGGGCUGGAAGCCCACAGUGCCAGCGCUGUUCGUGACAGAGGCCGAGGCCCACCCUGCAACCCUGCCUGGGGGUGUCCGGCCCCAAUCCCAGUGGGUGGAGGUGGAGGAAACCAUCGAGGUGUGCGUGAAGAAGACAGGUCCCCAGGAUGGGGACCCCAACUCCAACAACUCCAACAACAAGCUGCUGGCCCCGGGCCCGGCCGUGGUGUACGGCUCCAGUCAGCCCCUCACUCUGUGUGUGGAUGCUGAGGGCAGUGUGCAGGGGCACUGUGCACCCGAGAUGGAUACUCUGCUAGAGGAAGAAAGUGACGGGGAAGGGGAAGGGGAGAACAGGGAUGCCAGCAGGCCCUGGAGCCGAGACUCCAAGAUCCUUAAGCGUGACGGCUGUGUGCUGACCCUGGCAGACCUGGAGGACUAUGUGCCCCAGGCUGGGGAGACCUUUGGCCGCCAUGGCACGGAGCCCUGUGCCUGUGACGACCCACCCUGUGAGGUGGCCGUGGUACAGCAUGAGAUCACAGAGCCCACCGUGGGGCAGCCUGUGCUGCUGAACCUGGGCCACCCGCUGGGCUCUGCCUUCAGGCCUGGGCCACUGGACCACUGGGCCCAGGGCAUCUCCCCUGUUGGGUCCCAGGCGCCACGUUGUUUCCAUAGUGGUCAAGCCAGCUUCAAGACGGAGGUCUCUACCCAGGUGGUUGGCUUUGGGGCUGUGGGUGCUGUUCUGGAGAGCCCCGCCCACCCUGCACUGGAUCCACUGGAACAAGCAGUCCCCCCUAGCCCAGGGACACUGCUGGAUGCCACUGCAGGGGACUUUGCCAGCACCAAGGGGCCCUCAGCACUACAGGCGGCUACACCCCUGUGCCCCGGAGGGGAGACCUCAGACACAGCUGCCCAGCCCCUUCAGGAGUCACAGCCUCCCCCCCAUGGAGGUCCGGAGCAAGAGGCGGCCAAAGCCCAGGGACGCACGGUGCCUAUUCGGAUUGAAGGCCAUGCCUGGCCAGGAGCAAGCCCUGGAGAGCUGCUCUGGAAUGUCCACAGUCACACCGUCACUGAGACCACACACACAACCUAUAUCUACCAGGCCACGGGCACAGAGGCCACAGAGAAAAUCCCUGUGGGCCAGACCACAGGCAUGGCGGCCACAAGGCCACCUAGCAUGCAGGUGACCAUUGAGGAUGAGCAGGUGCUGGCCGGGGGCACAGCGCGGUUUGAGGCGGUCAUCGAGGGGAGUCCGCAGCCCACAGUGACCUGGUACAAGGACGAUGUCCAGCUGGCAGACAGUGCCCGGCUCAGCCAGUGCCAGGAAGGAGCGACCUACGCUCUCGUGCUGCGGGAUGUGGGCCUGCAGGAUGCCGGCGUCUACACCUGCCUGGCCCGCAAUGCCGGUGGCCAGGUGCUUUGUAAGGCUGAGCUGCUGGUGGAGAGUGGGGCCAGUGCACUGGACCUGGAGAAACAGAGCUGUCGGAGGAAGCUGCACUCCUUCUACGAGGUCAAGGAGGAGAUUGGAAGGGGCGUGUCUGGCUUUGUGAAGAGGGUACAGCACAAAGGCAACCAGCUCUCCUGUGCAGCCAAGUUCAUCCCUCUGCGAAGCCAGAGCCGGGCCCAGGCGUACCGUGAACGGGACAUCCUGGCCUCGCUGAGCCACCCACUGCUCACCCAGCUGCUGGACGAGUUUGAGACGCGCAAGACCCUCAUCCUGGUGCUGGAGCUGUGCUCGUCGGAGGAGCUGCUGGACCGCCUGUUCCGGAAGGGCGUGGUGACUGAGGCUGAGGUCAAGGUGUACAUCCAGCAGCUGGUGGAAGGCCUGCACUACCUGCACAGCCACGGUGUCCUCCACCUAGACAUAAAGCCCUCCAACAUCUUGAUGGUGCACCCUGCUCGGGAGGACAUCAAGAUUUGCGACUUUGGCCUUGCCCAGAGAGUGAGCUCCACAGAGCCCCAGUACAGCCAGUAUGGCGCCCCUGAGUUUGUGGCUCCUGAGAUCAUCGAGCAGAAGCCCGUGAGCGAGGCCUCGGACAUCUGGGCCAUGGGGGUCGUCUCCUACCUCAGUCUGACCUGCUCGUCCCCCUUUGCUGGUGAGAGUGACCGGGCCACCCUGUGGAAUGUUCUAGAAGGACGGGUGUCCUGGAGUAGCCCUGUGGCUGCCCACCUCAGUGUGGACGCCAAGGACUUUCUCCAGGCUACACUCCAGAGAGCCCCAGAGGCACGGCCCAGUGCCUCUCAGUGCCUUGGGCACCCCUGGUUCCUGACAUCUGUGCCAGCUGAGGAGGCCCAGUUUGUCAGCACCAAGCAACUCAAGUUCCUCCUGGCCCGCAGCCGUUGGCAGCGUUCCCUGAUGAGCUACAAGUCUGUCCUGGUGAUGCGUUCCAUCCCUGAGCUGCUCCAUGGUCCACCCGACAGCCCCUCGCUGGGUGUGGCCCGGCACCUGCGGGACCAGGCUGGCGCCUCUUCCAGCUCCUCCUCCUCCUCCUCUUCAGACACUGAGCUCACCCCCUUUGCCCGAGCUAAGUCGCUGCCACCCUCCCCGGUGACGCACUCUCCACUGCUGCACCCCAGGGGCUUCCUGCGGCCCUCAGCCAGCCUGCCUGAAGAGGCUGAGGCCUGUGGCCCUCUGGUGACUACAGCCCCACCAGCACCGCCUCCUCGCACAGGGCCAGUGCCCCGGCACAGCGUGGUUCACAGUCUGUUCCACCAGCAGGCGGGUGAGGACCCUGUCCCAGGGGGCCGGCGACACCCAGUCCGGCGCCGGCACCUGCUGAAGGGUGGGUACAUCGCGAGGGCUCUGCCUGGCCUGCGGGAGCCGCUGAUGGAGCAGCGGGCGCUGGAGGAGGCCAGUGAGGAGCUGCUUACACCUCCUGCCAAGAUCCCCUCCUUGGAACCUGGCCUGCAGCCACCUGGCCCUAAAUCCCAUGAAGACCUGGCAGGUGCCACCAGCCCAUCCCAGGAUACCUGCUUUGGGGGACGGUGCCCACCUCCAGCUCCCCCCAGGCGACUCUCGUCCUCCAGCGGCAACCGGGCCUGGGCUCAGUUGGAGGGGGUGGCCCAGGACAGUAGUCAAAGGCAGCCAGUUCCCCUGGGCCUCCCUGAGCAGGGCCAUAGGCCCCCCUCAGCCCCUUCCAGCCCCUGCUCCUCGCCUGCAGCAGAACCCCCAGUACCCCCUUCUAUAGCCACAGCCAACCUCGUGCCAGGCUCUAAGACAGGGCUGGAGGGCAUGACCCUGCCUCAGGGAAUGGGGCAGACGGGCUGGGGGUCAGGUCUCUCCCAGGAGGACGAGGGCUCCCCCGACAACAGCCCCCACAUGCAGCGGCCACAGGAACAGGCGACUACUCGCAAGUUCUCCCUGGGAUCCCGGGGGGGCUAUGCAGGGGUGUCAGGCUAUGGCACCUUUGCCUUUGGGGGUGACGCGGGGGGUAUGCUAGGGCAGGGACCCCUGUGGGCCAGGCUGGCAUGGGCUGCAUCCCAGUCCUCAGAGGAGCAGGACGAAGCUGCAGCUGGUGGGGAAUCCCUGUCAGCAGCCCCAGAGCUGGGCUCCUGGGAGGAGCCUGGGCAGGUGUCUCUGGUACAGAUCCGGGACCUGUCAGGGGACGCAGAAGCAGCUGACACCCUCUCCCUCGACAUCUCUGAGGUGGACCCUGCCUACCUGAACCUCUCAGACCUGUAUGACAUCAAGUACCUGCCCUUCGAGUUCAUGAUCUUCAGCAGGGUCCCCCGGCCCGAGGGGCAGCCGGGGCCACCGUCCCCAGAGCCUGAGGAAGAGGAUGCGUCCGAGGGGCUCCCAGGGGCUGCAUGGCCCUGGCCCCAGGCCCCGAGCCCUGAGCCUGGUCUGGCGAUCACAGAGGAGCCUAUGGACCUGGAUGUGCUGCUGGGGGCGGCCACCGCGGGCAGGAAGCGCAAGUGGCCCUGCCUGCCGCUGGAGGAGCCGCUGGAGCUGGGGCUGCGCCAGCGGGUGAAGGCCUCCAUGGCCCACAUUUCCAGGGUCCUGCAGGGCCGGACCCUCGGCGUGGAGAAGGAGGGCCCCCCUAGAAAGCGGCCUGGCUUCACCUCCUUCCGCCUGUCAGGUCUGAAGGGUCGGGACCGAGCACCAUCCUUCCUACGGCAAUUGUCGGAUGAGACAGUGGUCCUGGGUCAGUCGGUGACCCUGGCCUGCCAGGUGUCAGCCCAGCCACCCGCCCAGGCCACGUGGACUAAGGACGGGGAUCCCCUGGAGAGCAGUGGCCGCCUCCUCAUCUCUUCGACCCUCAAGGACUUCCACCUGCUGACCAUCCUGGUGGUGACUGUCGAGGACCUGGGCGUGUACACGUGCUGUGUGAGCAACUCACUGGGGACAGCAGCCACCACAGCCACUCUCCGGAAGGCAGAGCGUCCCUCGUCAUCCCCACGCCCGGAUGUGGGGGAGGUGUCUGAGGACGGGGUGCUGCUGGUGUGGAAGCCUGUGGAGUCGUGUGGCCCAGUCACCUACACUGUGCAGUGCAGCCUGGAAGGUGGCAGCUGGACCACCCUGGCCUCCGAUAUCACCGACUGCUGCUACGUCACCAGCCGGCUGGCCCGGGGAGGCAGCUACACCUUCCGCACAGCCUGUGUCAGCAAGGCGGGCAUGGGCCCCUACAGCAGCCCCUCGGAACAAGUCCUCCUUGGGGGACCCAGGCGCUUGGCCUCUGAGGAGGAGAGUGCCCAGGGCCAGCCAGUCCAGCCCCUCCCCAGCACGAGGGCCUUCGCCUUCCAGAUGCAGAUCCGCAGGGGCCGUUUCAGCGUGGUCCGGCAGUGCCGAGAGAAGGCCAGUGGGCGGGCGCUGGCUGCCAAGAUCAUCCCCUACGAGCCUGGGGCCAGGACAGCUGUGCUGCGUGAGUAUGAGGCUCUCAAGGGCCUGCACCACCCGCACCUGGCCCAGCUGCAGGCAGCCUACCUCAGCCCACGGCACCUGGUGCUCAUCUCCGAGCUGUGCUCCGGGCCUGAGCUGCUGCCCUGUCUGGCGGAGAGGACAUCCUACUCGGAGUCAGAGGUGAAGGACUUCCUGUGGCAGAUGCUGAGUGCCACCCAGUACCUGCAUGCCCACCGCAUCCUACAUCUGGACCUGCGCUCUGAGAACAUGAUGGUCACCGAGUACAACCUGCUCAAGGUUGUGGACCUGGGCAGUGCCCAGAGCCUGGACCAGGGCCAGGUGUUUCCCUCAGAGACCUUCAAAGACUACCUGGAGACCAUGGCUCCAGAGCUCCUGGAGGGCCAGAGUGCUGUCCCGCAGACGGACAUCUGGGCCAUUGGCGUGACCGCAUUUAUCAUGCUGAGCGCUGACUACCCGGUGAACGGCGAGGGCGUGCGUGACCUGCAGCGGAGCCUGCGUAAGGGUCCACUCCGCUUGGGCCGCUGCUAUGCAGGGCUGUCUGGCGGCGCUGUGGCCUUCCUACGUGGGGCCCUUAAUGCACAGCCCUGGGCCCGGCCUUGUGCAGCCAGCUGCCUGCAGUGCCCGUGGUUGACUGAGGAGGGCCCAGCGGCUGCCCAGUCCGCACCGGUGACCUUUCCCACCACACAGCUGCGAGCCUUCGUGCGAGAGCGUGAGAAGCGCAGAGCACUGCUGUGCCGCAGGCGUCGCUCUCCACAGGGGCGCUGAGUGCAGGUGGGAUGCUCCAGCCCCCUGGCCAAUAAACACAAUCUGGAGUCCA